GAGCCACCAUUAAUCUGGAUUUCACUCCUGAUUUUGACCUGGAGCAGUACCGGGACAGACUGGUCCAAGCCUUGCUGAGCCAGCCCCGGUACGCGGGCGUGCGGAUGGCCAUGUCCAAGGUGCACAAAGCUCAGACCUUCCUGGGAGUCCUACCCCACAGCCCCACCCCUCUCAUCCAAAUCGUGCUGGUGGAUGAUGGAGCCGGAGCGCAGAAUGGCACCACUGCAGCGCAGCUGGCAGCAGACAUCAUGGAGGACAUCGCCCAGCACGGUGAAGCUCUCGGCAUUUCAAGUAGCAAACUGGAGGUGUCCACAGGUAGCACUUUCAGUGGGCAAGUGGGGAGCCACGCACUGAGCAGGACCACAGCGGAGACAUUCUUGGGGCUACUCUGCAGUCUCCUGUUGCUUGGAGGGAUCUUCUUUCUCUACAAAAAGGGAAAGAUAAGGGUGCCUAUCCUGCACAUCCCCCGUCCCUGGGAGAGAGCAGAGGACCCGGUGUCUGCCAAGCCAGCUGGUGACAAAGGCUUCGACAACCCCAUGUUUGAUGUGGAGCCACCAAGUGUUGACCCUGGAGAGGAGACACCUCCCAAAGACCACCAGGUCUUCUACAUCAAUCCUCUAUAUGAACCAAGCAAGAUGGAGGCUUGA